UACUAAAAACAAAGGACACGUUUCGCGGAACCUAAGAAAUCGUUCGUGGAGGCUUAGCACCAAUCGGUGAUUUGAUUCAUUCCGAUCUAGCUUUCUGAAUCUGAGACUUUUCUCGAACGACAGCAACUGUGAGGAAUUCAUCGAAUUCAAAGAAGAAUAAGUGAAAAUGUCUUCACUUGCGGCUGCUAGAGCAGACAACUUUUACUAUCCUCCAGAAUGGGACCCAAGUCAGGGUUCUCUGAACAAGUUUCAUGGUCAGCAUGCCUUGAGGGAGAGAGCAAGAAAAUUAGAUCAGGGUAUCUUGAUUAUAAGGUUUGAAAUGCCUUUUAAUAUAUGGUGUGGAGGGUGCAAUUCUAUGAUUGCAAAGGGUGUCCGGUUCAAUGCAGAGAAAAAACAAGUUGGAAAUUACUAUUCUACAAAGAUAUGGAGCUUUACCAUGAAAUCUGCAUGCUGUAGGCAUGAGAUUGUCAUCCAAACUGAUCCAAAGAACUGUGAGUAUGUCAUUAUCAGUGGAGCCCAGAAGAAAACUGAGGAUUUUGAUGUUGAGGAUGCAGAAACUCUUGAAUUACCUGCUGAUGAAGAGAGAGGUAAGCUUGUGGAUCCAUUUUAUCGUCUGGAACACCAGGAACAAGAUCUGAAGAAAAAGAAGGAAGCUGAACCAGUGCUUGUGCGCCUGCAGCGACUUUCUGAUGCAAGGCAUUCAGAUGACUAUGCUCUCAACAGGAGUCUUCGGGCCCAACUUAGAAGUCAAAAGAAAAGAGUGGCUGAAGAAGAGGCUGCCUCCCGGAAAAGAGGCCUUGGAAUGAGAUUGCUUCCAGCUACACAAGAAGAUGCAGCCACUGCAGCGAAAGUCAAGUUUUCUACCAAGUUUGACAAAAAUAGAAGAGAUAAGCGGGCGCUAAUCAAAGCUGCAUCCAUCUUUUCUGAAGCAUCUGCCUCCUCCACGUCUGAUAAGAGAAGACUGGAGCUAGAAUCUAAAAGAAGGAAAAUUUCUGCCGCUGCAGCGUCUAGCCUACUAAGUGGGGGAUUCAAGCCGCCAUCAUGGUCACAGAGUGCCACCUCAACAAGCAGGCAGCAGGGAGCUUCUAUGCGUGUUAAGAUGUUGGGAAGGUGAAAACUAUCCGCAACGCCCAGGUGAUUGAUCUUGUGAAUAGAUGCCGCUUCACUAUGUUUUUAUUCUGCAAAUGCUUGUCAUAGGAGCCUAAGCUGAAAGUAUUGCGUCUUGUUAUUAUCCUUUAGUUUACAUUGCAAGAAUAUUAGAAUAUAUGUAGAUAGCCAGUUUUUGUUCUGUUGCAAGAAUCAAGGUGUUUCAGCAUGAACGAAGCAUCGUUUGGUUCCAAGAAUGUUGUGUAGGAAUGGCUAAGAAGACUUUUUUUUUUUUCUUGACUGAAGAAAUGCAUUCAUAAUUAAAAUAAAACGAGAUUACAACGA